AUGCUGGAGAGCAAGCUUGCCAUGCAAACUGUAGAAGUGGAAAAGCUUAUCAUGGAGAAUCAGCGGUUAGCAUCAAGCCAUGUGGUCUUGAGGCAGGACAUUGUUGAUACGGAGAAAGAGAUGCAAAUGAUCCGCACCCACCUAGGUGAAGUUCAGACAGAGACUGAUUUGCAGAUUAGAGAUUUAUUGGAGAGAAUCAGAUUAAUGGAGGCAGACAUACAUAGUGGUGAUGCAGUGAAGAAGGAGCUUCACCAAGUGCAUAUGGAGGCAAAGAGACUUAUUACUGAAAGGCAGAUGCUAACCCUUGACAUAGAUAAUGCGACUAAAGAAUUACAGAAAUUCUCUGCCUCUGGUGAUGGUAAAAGCCUCCCUGAAUUGCUUGCUGAGCUAGAUGGGCUACGGAAAGAGCAUCAUAAUUUACGGUUUGUGACAAUGUUCCUUCCUUACAUUUUUUUGCAACUGCCUGAGCUUUGUGUUAAUAUGUCUGUGUUUUCCCUUUCCAUUGGAAGAUCUCAAUUUGAAUUUGAGAAAAAUACAAACAUCAAGCAAGUUGAGCAGAUGCGGACAAUGGAAAUGAACCUGAUAACCAUGACUAAACAAGCUGAGAAGUUACGUGGUGAUGUGACAAAUGCUGAAAGGCGGGCACAGGCAGCUGCGGCGCAAGCAGCGGCACAUGCAGCUGGUGCACAGGUGACAGCUUCGCAGCCUGGGACAGCUCAAGCUACAGCGGUUUCAGCAGCAGCUACAGACCCAUAUGCAGGUGCAUAUGCCAGUUACCCCUCGGCAUAUCAGCAGGGAGCCCAGGCUGGGGCAUAUCAGCAGGGAGCCCAGGCUGGGGCAUAUCAGCAGGGAGCCCAGGCUGGGGCAUAUCAGCAGGGAACCCAGGUUGGGGCAUAUCAGCAGGGAACCCAAGCUGGGGCAUACCAGCAAGGAAACCAGGUUGGAGCAUACACCUAUGCUUAUGAUGCUGCCACGGCUUACGCAUAUGCAGGUUACUCUGGCUAUGCAGUUGCUGGCUAUGCGCAAAGUUCAGUGCCCAAUUAUUCCUAUGCCGUACCUCCGCAGCCAAGCAGUGGUGCAGCUACAGACGCCGCAAGCCUGUAUGGCGCAGCUGGUAGUGCUGGAUAUCCUACUGGGCAAGUUCAGCCAAGCAGUGCCACUGCAAAUGCAGCGCAACCACCUCCACCACGGCCGACAGCGCCAUAUCCUAGCACAUAUGACGAACCCAGAGGAGCCCAGAGGUGA